UAGAUAUUUCCCAUACAAACAAUCCUCUGAUUGAAGGUUCCCACCGCUGCCCGGUGAAUGUACCGUCGGGUCACCGCCGCCGUAACGCUGAUCCCACCCCAUGCCCUCCUCCGCGGCCGCCGCCGCCUCCUCUCCCAUUCCCCCCUCCCCUCUCCCCGUCUCCGCUUCGUUCGCCGCGAGCUCGAGCACCUCCGCUCCCCUCCAUUCGAACCCGAUCAAACCCUAGAAGGGCGUAGAGAAAGAGUAGUAGGUGGUGGUUGUGGUGGAGGAGGAGGAGGAGGAGGAGGAAGACGAAGAGUCGAAGGAGGGAGGGAGGUGGAGGUGUCCCAUCCAUGGCCGGAGUGGGUGGAGCUCAUGGAGCUCCUCCUCAAGAAGGGGCACUUGGAUCCCGCCGCUUUGUCUCCUGUUUCUCCCGAUGGGGCGAAGGAUUCGAACCAUAUCCGCACCGCAUGCCUCAGUUUCGCUAGGGAUCGCGCUGAUCUCAUCAGGUAUUUAUCGAGAAAGGAUAUUUACAUCGUUGUGCAAUGUGGAUGCCCCAGCAUAGACAGAAAAGUUGUCAAUUCAGGGAAGCGUUUAAGGGCACAUGUGGGCAUUGAUGAAGGAGAUGUUUGCAGCCGAUGCAGUUUACGAGGAAACUGUGAGAGAGCUUAUGUAAAAGCUCAAAAAAAGGAAGUUGGAAGAACUAUUGAUGUCAUGCGUGUCUUAUUGACUUAUGGACUUGAUAGUAUCAUGGGCUCGGUGAUAAACCAAUCUUGCGUAAACAAAACUGUGAAGGACUCCAUUAAGAAACUUUUAAAGGAAAUGGUCGAACUCGGUUUCAAGGAAUUUGGCUCUGGUACUGAAAAGACUAUGGUCUCGGGGCAAUCGGCUAUCCCAAUGAAGCAGGGUGACUGGAUUUGUCCCAAGUGUAACUUUAUGAACUUUGCAAAGAACAUCAAAUGCUUGCACUGCAACGGGGAAUUCCAAGAGAGAUAUAAGAUGCUGCACGAGGAUCAAGAACAUCUGCCUCUCAAAAAAGGAGAUUGGAUAUGUAAAAAGUGCAAUUUCUUCAACUUUGCGAAGAACACAAAAUGCUUGCAAUGCCAUGAGAAACCAACCAAUCGUCUACUAAAUCUGGGGGAGUGGGAAUGUCCUUCGUGCAAUUAUGUUAACUUCCGAAGGAAUGCGCUGUGUUUGAGAUGUAACUGGAAGCGGCCAAAAGCAUUAAACAAUCAAGAGAUUUCCGGAACCCACCUUGAUGGUCAAGCACGUAGUAAGCAUUCUCCUUUCUCAUUUGUUAGAGAGAGCACUGGAUCUGAUAGGCAACAUAUUUCUCCAAAGAAGAGUCAAUCACUGGAGAGUGACUCAGAUUCAUGGAGCUCCAUGGAUGAUGAUGACGAAGAUGAUGGCAAUGAUAUUGAUUCAUGGAAACGUGCCAUGGAUAUUGAUAAUUUUCCUAUAAUAGGAGGUAACAGUGCUGUUUCUCAAGACCCUAAAGCAAGACUGAAGUGGAAGGAAGAUGUGUACAAGAGAAGCAAAGGGCUCUCCGAGAGGGAAUCAAAAGUAAUUAAUGGGGUUUUGAGUUGUGGUUCUCGUCCAAGUAGCUUAGAUUUGGAUCAAACUAGUGAUGACGACGAUGAUGAUAUUGCUUCGUGGUUUGCUAGUGGACAAGAAAAUAAAAAGUUGGAGAAACUGUCCUGAUUUGGUCUGUAAAAUUUGGUUUCUUAUCUCAUACUCCAGCUACUGUGCUUCUUAAAACCUAGGGCCUUCUGUGCUUCUAUCUCACCGCCUGAUGUGCUCAGGAUUGGCCAGGUGAUGGAUAAGAAAUGCAGAAUUCAAUGGGAGGAUGUGCGUCCAUUAGUGAUAGCAAGUGGUCAAUCUCCCAUGACCUCGAACCCGUUUGAUGGGAUCAAGAAUUUGGAUUGCUGUCUGUCUCUCCUCCCCUCUCCACGUGAUCAGGAAAAAGAUGAAAAAGGAUCGCCAUCUUGAUCAGACUGUACUCUCGUGCCCAUAUUCCUCUCUGCUCGAGCAGAAAUACCAACUGGGAUAUGAGAUUUAGAAAACUCAGAGUUGGACUAAGGGAAUAAGCGCUUCUCAUCUGCUUUCUCGAGAAAAGUAAUGUUAUUUGCUGCUCUUUAGUUAUUGAUGUAUAGUUUUAAUCUGAUGACUCUUGCAUAUUCUAUCAGUUUUAUGGAAACAAAAGCACGAGCUCAGUUCAAACAAUGAUAUUUCUGACUAUCACUUGAAUGAAUUGAAACUGUUGUAUAGCUUAGGUAAGACGUAUGCUGCUUUGAUGUUACAUCUGAAUCUUGCCUUUGUUUAA